ACCCCGUCUCUCUCACGCUCAAUUGUUCUCAUCCUUGCUUAUGAACACAAGCGACCCUCGUUGACUAUCAUACUAUGAGUGCCGGGAACGACAAACCCGUGGAAGGGGCCCCCGGGCUUCUUUCUACCUGGUGGGGUCAAUUCCGUUAUACGACUAUUCCGUUAUUAUCAAACAACACACAGCAACAAAAGCAGCCACGAUGGAAGACCUGGCUCCCUCACGGUCUUUCACAAGACCCCAAUGAAGGCCGAGAAGGACGAGAAGGACGAGAGUGGCUCAAGGGAGCCGUCAUCUGCUCCUGGAUCACUGCGACAAUCCUGGCCGUCAAUUCCAUCAUGUUGAUUGUGGCACUCAUCUUCGCCUAUCGCCAGUCGAGCAACCACGGUCAAUUUCAGACGGUCGAGCUCUUCACGGGGAAUUGCUCCCUGGCAAAUCGCUCCGCGACGGGCAUACAUGUAGUGAUCAACGUCUUCGGAACGAUUUUACUUGGGGCCAGCAGCUAUGUUAUACAGUGCCUAGGUGCGCCCUCUCGCUCGGAUAUCGACCGGGCCCACGCGCGCUCGCGCUGGCUGAAUAUAGGGACCUUUAGUUUUCGCAAUUUUGCGAUAAUGGGUCCCAAACGAAAAGUUCUGUGGGGGCUACUGCUGCUCAGUUCCACUCCGAUCCAUAUGAUAUACAACUCGGUCAUCUACUCAUCCAUUGCGGAGCUCGACUCCGGGAAGCUCUUGAUCCCGCACGACCUCUCGUCGAACGAGUCUUUGGUCAACGACGCGGCGAGCCGCGAGAGAUUCCGGGCCAGAGUUGGCCUCGAUCCGGCGAUUAUGCAACAGCGGAUCUUCGAUGGAACUUUCACCAAUCUGACAGACAAGGAUUGUUGGACCAAGCGGGCCGAUGAGACAUUAUACAAUACACUUGUCUAUGUGGUUGACAGGAAGUACUUUCACAAUACGAGCAGUCUGUGGGUAGACGGGGGACAAAACCCUUCCUCCGAGAACUACUACCCUGUGGAACCAGUCUAUUGGAGCUAUCGCGUGUGGAACUACACAACUGUCGCGAGCGGGCAUCCAUACCAGUUCAACUUUGCCGAUGACUCUUUCCAAAGUCUGUGGAACCCCUACGACAAAAGUAACGCAAGCACUGCGUUGCAGGCUGACGUGAUGGGUCUGCUAAGUUACAAUUCGCAAUACAAUCCGACUCAGGAGGCUCUGCGCGAGUACUUAGACACCCCCUCACACUGGCAGAACAGCUCCUGGGCAGCCGCAACGACAUUCGAGUUCUUCGAAGAAGGCGACUUGGAGCUUGGAAUAUAUCCACAGGUCCCUGUUUCGCACUGUCUUAUGGAUGAAAGCCGACAGCGCUGUCAGCUGCUCUUCAGCCCACCGAUUGCAAUCGUUGUCAUAAUUUGUAAUGCGAUCAAACUGAGCUGCAUGAUGAUAGCAGUCGGAGCCAGGCGUAGAAUUCUACUUUUGACUACAGGCGACGCGCUGGCCUCGUUCCUCACCCGACCUGAUCCAACAACUCGGGGUCGAUGCUUGCUCUCUCGCGCAGAGGUGGCUCAAGGACUGCAAUUCUGGGGCUGCUCUGCACUCACUCCCGGUCAUGAAACAGGGUACUGGGUGCAAGCACAGAGCUCAAGCCGUAGCUCCAGCCCAGCUCCUAGUCUAGGUCUCGGCCGGAGCCCAGGAUCCUUGAAUUACCCGAUAGACAACAUAUUAAUAUCAUCAUCCGCGCCGCAGACAACCACUGAACUUCGCCCAAGAGAGGUUACUCCGCGACAGAGAUGGUAUCAAGCUGUCAGCUGGCCUCGCAGGGUAAUAGCCUUAUUCUGCUACAUAUCAUGCAUCGCAGUGAGCUUUGCCCUUCUCUUCCACGGCAUCGGUUCCGAUACCUUCCACGAGGCCAUGUCCAUCGGCUUCAGCAAGUACUCGGAAUCCUAUCUAGCCAACACGAACACCACAAACAUCCUCGCCCUUGUACUGUUAGCCAACACUCCCCAGCUCGGCUUGUCCAUCCUAUACUUUGUGACCAACGGCGUCUUGACCUGCAUGCUCCUUGACGCUGAGCUCCAGCGGUACGCCACGCGACGCCGCUCACUCCGCUGUUCCUGGCCCAAGGGCCAACAACGAUCGACCUACUACCUGACUCUGCCUUACCGGUACAGCCUCCCGCUGCUGACGGCAUCCGCUUCGCUUCACUGGCUUCUAUCCCAGAGCUUCUUUUUUGUUCACAUCCGGCGGGUCGAUAUCUCCCAGCGAUACGUAAUGGAUGAGGCGCGGGGAUGCUGCUACUCCCCGUUAGCGAUCUUCAUCACGAUUUGGGUCGCUGUUGCGGGGCUCUUGGUGGUUGUAGGGCUCGGGUUCCGGCGGUUUGAGAGCGGAAUGCCGCUAGCCGGGGGUUGUAGUAUGGUUUUGUCCGCACUGUGCCAUCCACCGGAGGAUGGUGAGGGCGCGGCCGAAAAGACGGUGAUGUGGGGUGAGAUUCCAAAAGGUCCUGAGCUAGGUCCUGCACAGAAUGACAAGAGGCGAGUCCAAGAGAGGUUUAUGGAGGGUAGGGGGGAGACGGGGGCUGCUACUGCCGCCCGGUAUGGGACGAUGGAAAGAUUUGCACAUUGUUCGUUUAGUUCCUUGGACGUGAUGGCGCCAGGCCUGGAUCGGUUAUAUGCUUGAUUGGCUUGCGCUGUACCCCUUGUCUGUAUCCUGGAUGUACGUACUAGGGCAAGGCUGCCUUCCUUUAUCUGCUGUUGCAAGCCUUAUAGAAGAAUACUCCCGGGAAGAGCUACAAGAUGCCGGGUGUUAG